CUGGUGUGGUUGUAGUUUCCAACUCUGUCGAGCUUUGAAGAGUUUUUUUUGACGUUUCAACGGCGAUGUAUGCUCUGCCCUUGUUGGUUCACAGAAGCUGUCUUGAGUUCAAAAGGAGCAAUCCUAACCAAAGGUCUAAGUAUCACUUAUUCAUUUCCUUCUAGCUGUAAAUUCCAUGCGACACUAAAUUACGGUCGAUGUCAUUAUAGCAUACGUUUUGAUGUUUUUAUCCUUUAGAACACACCUCUUGCAUCGAAGGUCUUUGAAACUUCCUCUGCCAUUGAUCUAAAAGGAAGUGGAACAUUGCUUGGUUUGUCUUAGGAGCAGUGAUGAAUUUCAUGAUUGGACCGAACCUGGAUUAGUUCUGCAUCAUGGCCUAGCAUUGGUUGGUGUUAUUUAUGACAGCAAUUGGUGAAGGGCACAUCUUCUGUAACCGGCUUCUGCCUUAGUCUGCAGCAUGAUCAUCGUCCCAUGGCAUUUUCUUAUUGCAACAUUGGUCGAAGCUUAAUGAUCAGGUGAUUGCUACCCAUUGACGCCGUUUGGUUAGUUGUUGCAAGCUAGUGUCGAUUUUUCAGCAAGCUAUGGUAACAUUUCCUUCCGUGCUUUACUCAUUGGUUUUCUCUUUAGAGCAUCGCGGGAGUUGUUGGGCAUUCUCAGCAAUAGCUGCUGUGGAAGGAGUGAAUAAGUUAGCGACAGGCGAUCUAAUUUCGCUAUCAGAACAAGAACUUGUGGACUGUGAUACAUCAUAUAAUGAGGGAUGCAAUGGUGGACUUAUGGACUAUGCCUUUGAGUUCAUCAUCAAUAAUGGUGGCAUUGACUCCGAAGAGGAUUACCCCUACCGUGCUAUUGAUGGUAGAUGUGAUCAGAACAGAAAAAUGCUAAAGUUGUUUCAAUUGAUGACUAUGAGGAUGUUCCCGCUUAUGAUGAAGGUGCUUUGAAAAAGGCUGUUGCAAAUCACCGUGUGACUAAAAGAGCUUGGAAGGUGUGUUAUAAAGUCCAUGGUG